CUCACAUCGUCUUCUUCUAUCCAUCCCGUUCCCCCAACUCAAAACCCUAAUUCAUCGACGCACCCAUACAUAUUGAUAUAUAUGUAUAUUAGAGAGAGAGGGAGAGAGCGCGAGAGAGUGUGAGAGAGAGAGAGAGAGAGUCUCGUUGCAGAAACUUUCGUAUGAACCCUACAUCACCAGCGCUCGUACCGCCCCGCUCGGUAGAACACUAGAAAAAGGAGUAGGUCCUCUCUCGGGGGACAAAACAAGCUUGCGAAAAUGAGGAUUAUGAUAAAGGGAGGAGUGUGGAAGAACACGGAGGAUGAGAUCCUGAAGGCGGCGGUUAUGAAGUAUGGCAAGAACCAGUGGGCUCGUAUCUCGUCCCUCCUUGUCCGCAAGUCCGCCAAGCAGUGCAAAGCUCGUUGGUACGAGUGGCUCGAUCCUUCCAUCAAAAAGACUGAAUGGACCAGAGAAGAAGAUGAGAAAUUGCUUCAUCUUGCCAAGCUCAUGCCCACACAAUGGAGGACAAUUGCACCAAUAGUUGGUCGUACUCCAUCUCAAUGCCUUGAGCGUUAUGAAAAGCUCCUUGAUGCAGCCUGUGCUAAGGAUGAGAAAUAUGAAGCAGGUGAUGAUCCACGGAAAUUGCGUCCUGGAGAGAUUGAUCCAAACCCUGAAUCGAAGCCUGCACGUCCAGAUCCUGUUGAUAUGGAUGAGGAUGAGAAGGAAAUGCUUUCGGAAGCACGAGCUCGGCUAGCCAACACUAGAGGUAAGAAGGCAAAACGGAAAGCCAGGGAGAAGCAACUUGAAGAGGCCAGGAGACUUGCUUCUUUGCAGAAACGGAGAGAACUAAAGGCAGCUGGAAUUGAUACUAGGCAAAGGAAGAGGAAGAGAAAGGGGAUUGACUAUAAUGCUGAAAUCCCUUUUGAAAAGAGGCCCCCUCCAGGCUUUUAUGAUGUCAUUGAUGAAGAUCGACCAGUGGAACAACCUAAAUUCCCUACCACCAUUGAAGAACUUGAGGGUGAAAAGAGAAUGGAUAAGGAAGCACGAUUAAGAAAGCAGGAUAUUGCAAGGAAUAAAAUUGCACAGAGGCAGGAUGCUCCAUCAGCAAUACUCCAGGCAAAUAAACUCAAUGAUCCAGAAACAGUUCGGAGGAGGUCAAAGCUGAUGCUUCCUGCACCACAAAUUUCAGACCAUGAGCUGGAGGAAAUUGCAAAGAUGGGUUAUGCUAGUGAUCUCAUUGCAGGGAGUGAGGAACUUGCAGAAGGGAGUGUUGCAACACGUGCUCUUAUUACAAAUUAUUCCCAGACACCACGGCAAGGAAUGACCCCACUACGAACUCCGCAAAGAACACCUGCAGGUAAAGGUGAUGCCAUUAUGAUGGAAGCAGAAAACCUGGCAAGGUUGAGAGAAUCCCAGACACCAUUGCUGGGAGGAGAAAAUCCAGAAUUGCAUCCUUCAGAUUUUUCUGGGGUCACUCCUAAGAAAAGAGAGGUCCAAACGCCAAACCCUAUGUUGACUCCCUCAGCAACUCCUGCUGGUGCGGGCAUGACACCAAGACUUGGCAUGACUCCAUCAAAGGAUGCCUAUUCUUUUGGUAUGACUCCAAAAGGAACUCCGAUGAGGGAUGAACUUCGCAUUAAUGAGGACAUAGAUAUGCAUGAUAGUUCUAAACUUGACCUUCAAAGGAAAGCUGAUUUGAGAAGGAACUUACGCUCUGGUUUGGGCAACCUUCCACAGCCCAAGAACGAGUACCAGAUAGUUAUCCAACCAGUCCCUGAAGAUAAUGAAGAACCUGAGGAGAAGAUGGAAGAAGAUAUGUCUGACAGGAUGGCAAGAGAGAGAGCUGAGGAAGAAGCAAGACAACAAGCAUUGCUAAAGAAGCGAUCAAAAGUAUUGCAGAGGGAGCUUCCCAGACCUCCUGCUGCAUCACUUGAACUAAUAAAAAAUUCUUUGAUAAGAACUGAUGAAGACAAGAGCUCCUUUGUUCCACCAACUUUAAUUGAACAGGCUGAUGAAAUGAUAAGGAAAGAGCUGCUAUCCUUACUGGAACAUGAUAAUGCAAAGUAUCCACUUGAUGAAAAAGUGGACAAGGAGAAAAGGAAAGGAGUCAAGCGAUCUGCAAAUGGUAAGGCUGUUUCUGUCCCUGUGAUUGAAGACUUUGGAGAAGAUGAGCUGAAGGAGUCCGGUUACUUAAUUAAGGAAGAGGCACAUUUUCUUUGUGCAGCAAUGGGGCAUGAGAAUGAGUCCCUUGAUGAGUUCAUUGAAGCACAUAAAACAUGCUUGAAUGAUAUUAUGUACUUUCCCACACGUAAUGCUUAUGGACUAUCUAGUGUUGCUGGAAACAUGGAGAAGCUUGCUGCAUUGCAGAAUGAAUUUGAGAAUGUAAAGAAAAGGAUGGAUGAUGAUACUAAGAAGGCACAACGCCUUGAGCAGAAGAUAAAACUUCUUACUAAUGGUUAUCAGAUGCGAGCUGUAAAACUUUGGUCACAAAUCGAGGCGACCUUUAAGCAGAUGGACACUGCAGGAACAGAACUUGAAUGCUUCCAAACUUUACAAAAGCAAGAGCACCUAGCAGCAUCACAUAGAAUCAAUUGUCUUUGGGAAGAAGUUCAAAAGCAGAAGGAGCUUGAGCGAACCUUACAGAAACGCUAUGGCGAUCUAAUAGCAGAGCAAGAAAGGACCCACAGCCUCAUGAAUGCUUACAGAGCGCAAGAAGAAAUUGCAGCAAAGAAUCAUGCUCUUGAGUUAGCCGACAAAGCCAAUAUCCCUAGCUCUGAAACUCAUGAGCCUGUUAGCGCCACUGAUGUGCUUGAAAACUGCAUGCCAAUUGACCUAUCUCAUGAUGAUAAUACUAGACAAGAGAUGGAUUCUGCUCAAGAACAAGCUCAAGCAAGCCCAGAUGUCAUGGAUGUUGGUGCAGUGGUUGAGAAUGCAACUACUGUCAUGGACGCAAGCCCAUCUAAGACCAAGCCUUCUGCUGCUGAGUUUGCAAGAUCAGAAAGUAAUGGUUAUGAAGGUUCUGUUUCUGCUGAUGCUACUGAGCUUAACAGUGUGGAUGAAAAUCAUUCUAGUGGCUUUCCAGUUCAGAAUCCUCCCAUCGCAUCGGAUGGUAAUUCUGGUGUUACUGAAGGAGAGGAUGUCAAGAUGGCUGAUGAGUCAUCCAAUGGCAUUAUUAGCGAGGAUUUAAUUAGUGCACACGUUUCUGAGGAGGAUUUAGCUGCUAAGAAUCAACAGAACAUUGUUGAAGAGGGAACCCAGGAUGCGUCAUCUCGGCCAGAAGAUACUGUUGUAGAAAAUGCUAGAGAUGAUAGUGCCGAUGAGCAACACACUCAAGUUCCUAGCAAUAUGGAGGAUGGUGGUCCAAUGACGAAUGAUGUAAAUAUGAAUGAUGCAUAAGAUUCUUGCUGCUAGAAAGUACAGGAUCGCGCGUGGAAGGACCCGUGUUGUCUGUCAUUGGUUUGCUUUUUGUUUUCUAGGUGUGCUGAUCGGGGGCAGCUGGAGUCGCCAUUUACAAUCUCCUUGGACUCCUUUUUUGUUCUGCAGGUUUGUAAUGUGAGAAUGAGAAAACCCAAAUCUUAACAUGUCUGUGGUAUGAAUUCCAUUCCAUAAUGGAGGAAUUUUAUGGCACGUUCUCUUUGAAGGCAAAUAAGACUUUCUUGUACCAUGCCCAUUUCACUGAGAUUUGAAACAUUUGUAUUUAUUCUCUGCCUUAUUCUGUGUUC